AGAGGCGGGGCGGCGGCUGCGCUGUGUGACGCGGGGGGGAAAAGAGCACGCUGAAGCGGGAGUCGGGUCCGAAGAAGCGUUUGCGAGCGGGGCUUGUAGAGCGGACAGGAUGCCUGGAUUAAGUUGUAGAUUUUACCAGCAUAAAUUUCCUGAAGUAGAAGAUGUUGUCAUGGUCAAUGUCAGAUCCAUUGCAGAAAUGGGAGCCUAUGUUAGUCUUUUGGAAUACAACAACAUUGAGGGCAUGAUCUUACUCAGUGAGCUGUCCAGGAGACGAAUCCGUUCUAUAAAUAAACUCAUCCGAAUUGGCAGAAAUGAAUGUGUUGUUGUCAUAAGAGUUGAUAAGGAGAAAGGUUAUAUUGACCUAUCAAAAAGAAGAGUGUCUCCAGAAGAGGCAAUUAAAUGUGAAGACAAAUUCACCAAAUCAAAAACUGUUUACAGCAUCCUUCGCCAUGUUGCUGAGGUUUUAGAAUACACAAAAGAUGAACAGCUGGAGAGUUUGUUUCAGAGAACUGCUUGGGUAUUUGAUGACAAGUACAGAAAGCCUGGAUAUGGUGCAUAUGAUGCCUUCAAACUUGCUGUCUCUGAUCCCACAAUCCUUGACGGGCUGGAUUUGACAGAAGACGAAAAACGUGUGCUAAUUGACAAUAUCAAUAGACGUUUGACACCACAAGCAGUGAAAAUUCGAGCAGAUAUUGAAGUGGCCUGUUAUGGUUACGAGGGUAUAGAUGCAGUAAAGGAAGCUCUGCGAGCUGGCCUAAGCUGUUCUACAGAGAGUAUGCCAAUCAAAAUAAAUCUAAUAGCUCCUCCCCGAUAUGUGAUGACCACAACAACACUUGAAAGGACUGAAGGCCUUUCUGUCCUCAGCCAAGCUAUGGCUGUCAUUAAAGAAAAAAUUGAAGAGAAGAGAGGCGUCUUUAAUGUGCAAAUGGAACCCAAGGUGGUAACUGACACUGAUGAGACUGAACUUGCAAGGCAGUUGGAAAGGUUGGAGCGUGAGAAUGCUGAAGUGGAUGGAGACGACGAUGCUGAGGAGAUGGAAGCAAAAACUGAAGAUUAAGUUUAUUGCCAUGGCAAAAUAGAUGGAAAUUAUGCCUUCAUGCAAAUAACUAAAAAUACCUAGAGUCGACUGAUGAGAUUUCAUUGUUAAAAAUGCCACAGGAACAGACUUGAAAUACUUUCAUCAAAUUUUUAAUGAGACCAAAUUUUGAACAGACAAGAAACCAUCUGCUACAGUGUGUUGCUUGAUUUUCUCAAUGGGAAGGUACUUCUCACUGAAGAUUAAAACCUUUCCUCCCCUAAACAAUCCAAGCAUACUUUGAUGACUCUUCUUAAUAUUUUCACGUCUUAUACAUUCAGAUGGCAACUGGUUCACUAUGUUGUAUCAGUGAGUUUCUGAGGAUUAAACCAAUAUUCCUCCAUAGACCGCAUUGAAGCAUUCAAUAAAUGUAUUGGAUAUUUACUUGGGUUUCUUUUCAUUUUAAGAAAUCUGUAGUGCAAAGAACUAAAGAGGAAAGAGUAGCUUUUAGCUCUUGAAGAUGGCAGUUUGCAUGUCUUUUAAUAAUUCCUAAUCUCUACAUAGUUCAUAAUCAGUUGUCAUUAUACAAGUAACUUUAGGGCUACUUCACGUACAAGUCAGCAAGACUAGAUAUUCCUUUUUAACACUCAGUGAUGAAUUGAUGCACUAGUCUUCCUCUUAUUUUGUAGGCUUUUCUUUUACAUUUUUGAGUAUGUGAUGCCUUAGAACAAAAUAUUUUUCUCUACUCUGCAAG